AUGAGCCGACUGUCCCAAAGAGGAAAUGGAAAUGCGGAGAAAAGUCGAGCAAAUGUCAAAAUCACUUCAGCCAUCCAACUUCAACCUUUCACUUCACUCGAGCGCGCGGCGUCGGAUGCAGCACCAGUCGACGACACCAUUACAUCCACCCUGAUAAAAAGCCAUGUCAGUACAAAAACUGCGAUGGAGCUGGCCAGCCUGCCGACAGAGCUGCUGAUGCACAUCACCAAGGCGCUGGACCGGGACUGCGACAUCAACGCCUUCUGCCGCGUCAGCCGUGGGUUUUACAACCUCAUCGUGGACUAUCUCUACCGACACAAUGCCACGGCUCAGCAUGGAGAGGCCAGUGCGAUACUAUGGGCCGCCAAGCAUGGCCAACGUUCGACGGCUGAGAUGGCCCUGCAGGCUGGCGUGGACAUCAACACACCGCAGGACAACGCUGGCACGCUGCCCCUUGUUGAGGCGACUCGUGUGGGCAACGCCGCGCUCGUGAGAUUGUUCUUGGAGAGGGGAGCGCAUUCUAAUGUACUGCAUGGAAGGGCGGGCACUAUCCUUCACACGGCGGCAGCUCGAUGGGAUAUGAAGACGGCGACGGCGUUGCUCGAGUAUAGCGCAAAUGUACAGGUACAGCGGCUCGACAAUGGGGAGACGCCACUACACACGGCUAUUAAUUCGGGGGCCAUUAUGACCGGCGGACCUACCGAGAUGAUCAAGUUACUCUUGGAUCACGGUGCAGACGUCGCAGGGACAGACUUUGUCGGCGCAACGCCACUACAUUGUGCGGCGGCAUGCGGCAACAUCGCAGCGAUUCACACCCUUCUCGACUAUGGAGCCGGCUCUCUUCUGUCAACUCGGGGUUCUCAUAUUGAAACGCCGCUACAUUCUGCUGUUCGAGCCAGGAAUGAAGAAGCAGCCAAGGUUCUCAUAGAAAGCGGUGCUGACAUUGAAGCCACAGACCGUCGGGGGCUGACCGUUAUCUGGCACGCCAUCAAGUUUAAAUGUACUGGCACUCUGGAAAUUCUGCUGCACAAGGGCGCCAAUACCAACUGUCGAGAUUCAGUCGGCAAUGCUCCUCUCAUAUCGGCCAUCACAGGUGGCAACUUGGCUGCUGUCAAGGCCCUUCUCACCUAUGACGCCGGCCUAAAGACCGAUCCAGCCCUGGGAGCUAGAGCCAUACUCCUAGCAACGAUGGAGGGGCGUGCCGACAUGAUACAGAUGCUGGUUGAUGCAGGAGUCGACAUUCACGGCGGGCCAACACCAGCUCUCCAUGGCGCAGUUCUGGCGGGACAUGAUGAAGUUAUCCACGUUCUACUACGCAACGGUGCAGAUGUGAAUGGUACAGAUGAAGAGAACCACACGGCGCUGCAUUGGGCUGCUCUUCAUGGUUGCUCUUCGGCUGCAGAGAUACUGUUUGCGAAUGGGGCGGAUCCAAUGAUUCGGGCGGAUGAUGGGGGGACACCUGUUGAUUUUGCGGAACGAGGAGGAGACAUGUGCUAUGAUGUGUAUCGUCUUAUCAUACGGUACCUUCAAGGUAAUUGA